UACACCUUUCGCCCAGAAAUUUAUCUUCUGCUGAACAGUAUGAAAAAUAAAAAGAGAUUGAAAUGCAAAGAGUCCACAAAUUCUAUCCAAUCAUACCCACCAAGAAGCACAAAACUAGUCAUGAGACUCAUCAUCUGCAAAGGUGCAAUUCAAUAUCUUGAGCUCUUUCUUAUUCUCUUCUUUUCUUGUUUUUGUUUCAAGUUUAGCAUUGCCAUAGACACCAUUACUCUCACUCAACCCAUCAAUGACUCCGAAAGUAUAAUCUCAAGCAACAAAGUUUUUCAAUUGGGAUUUUUCAGCCCUGUUAAUACUACCAAUCGCUAUGUCGGUAUUUGGUACAACAACAUCCCUGUCAAGACUGUGGUAUGGGUAGCUAAUAGAGACAGGCCUUUAAUAGAUUCUUCCGGGACUUUGAUGAUAUCCAAAGAUGGCAAUCUAGUGGUUUUGAAUGGGCAAAAAGAGAUUAUUUGGUCACCUAAUGUUUCAAAUUCUACGGUGAAUUCAAGUGCCCGCUUGUUAGACUCUGGGAAUCUUGUUUUGGUAGAUAACUCAAAAGGAAUGACAAUAUGGGGGAGUUAUCAAAACCCUUCAGACUCAUUCUUAGAGAACAUGAUACUUAGUAGUGAUAGAAGUACCGGUGAGAAGAUAUUGUUGAAAUCAUGGAGAAGCCCUUCUGAUCCAUCUGUUGGAAGCUUCUCUGCCGGUAUUAGUCUUGCAACCAUUCCAGAAUUCGUUGUAUGGAAUGGCAGCCAUCCAUAUUGGCGCAGUGGUCCUUGGAACAAUCAAAUCUUUAUCGGAGUCCAAGACAUGACUUCGGUGUAUGGUAAUGGUUUUAAUGUGGUAGAUAACCAUGAAGGAACUGUAUCUGUGUCUUUCAGUUAUGCAAAUAAGUCUCUGUUAACAUACAUUUUCUUGAAUCACGAUGGAGCUCUAAUGCAGAUGGGUUGGACUCAAGGGAAGCAAGAACCAGAGGUUGACUGGUUAGCUCCAGAAACUGACUGUGGUAUUUAUGGCAAGUGUGGGCCAUUUGGAAGCUGCAAUUCAAAGGACUCACCAAUUUGUUCCUGUUUGAGAGGGUUUGAGCCAAAUCGCAUAGAUGAAUGGAAUAGUGGAAAUUUUACUGGCGGGUGUGUAAGGAGGACAAAUUUGCAGUGUGAGAGGAACGAUAGUAGUAGCCAGGAGAGUAAAAAAGACGGGUUUCUUGUGCUGACAACAAUGAAAGUGCCAGUGUUUCCAGAGUGGUCACCGGUUCUGGCUAAUGAUUGCGAAAACCAGUGUUUGAAGAAUUGUUCGUGCACCGCUUAUGCAUAUGACGACGGCAUUGGCUGCAUGUUAUGGAAUGGAAGCUUAAUAGAUAUACAAAAAUUUUCCAGUGGUGGGGUAGAUCUUUACAUUCGCGUGGCAUAUUCGGAUCUCGAUAAAAAGAGGGACUUGAAACUAGUCAUUGCGAUUUCAGUGAUUGUAGGGUCAAUAAUCAUUUCCAUCUGCGCGUACUUCAUAUGGAUGGUGUUGGUUAAACGAGGAUUCAAAAAGAAGUUCAACGAGAUGCUACCAUUUAAGAGACUGCUUCCAGAAUACUCAACUGAAGUGUCGUUUGAAGAUAAUUUAAACCAAGUUAAACUUGAAGAACUACCACUCUUCAAGUUUGAGAAACUUGCAAUUGCAACUGACGAAUUUAACUGGACCAACAAGCUUGGACAGGGUGGUUUUGGUCCAGUGUACAAGGGGAAAUUACCGGAUGGACAAGAAAUAGCAGUGAAAAGGCUUUCAAGGUCCUCUGAACAAGGGCUCGAGGAGUUCAUGAAUGAAGUUGUGAUGAUUUCUAAACUCCAACACCGUAAUCUAGUUAGACUCCUUGGCUGCUGUGUUGAAGGAAAAGAAAAGAUGUUGGUCUAUGAAUACAUGCCAAAUAAAAGCUUGGAUGCAUUUCUCUUUGAUCCACAAAAACAGAAGCUCCUAGAUUGGAGUAAACGUUUUGACAUCAUUGAAGGGAUAGGUAGAGGCCUCCUCUACCUUCAUAGGGAUUCUAGAUUAAGGAUCAUUCAUCGAGAUUUAAAGACAAGUAACAUUCUGUUGGAUGAAGAGCUAAACCCUAAAAUUUCAGACUUUGGAAUGGCAAGGAUUUUUUGUGGUGAGGAACAUCAAGCCAAUACAAGAAGGGUUGUUGGAACAUACGGUUAUAUGUCUCCGGAAUAUGCAAUGCAAGGGCGUUUUUCAGAGAAAUCAGAUGUAUUUAGCUUCGGUGUAUUGUUACUAGAGAUUGUAAGUGGAAGACGAAACACUAGUUUUUAUGAUGAUGAGCAUUCUUUGAGUCUUCUAGGAUAUGCUUGGAAAUUGUGGAAUGAAGAUAACAUUGUGACUUUAAUAGAUCCCAUGAUAUCUUAUCAAGACUUCAGAUCGGAGAUUUUGAGAUGCGUAAAUGUUGGACUACUGUGUGUACAAGAAUUUGCAAUAGAUAGGCCUACCAUAUCGACGGUUCUUUCUAUGUUAAAUAGUGAAAUUUCAUAUCUCCCAAUGCCAAAGCAACCUGCAUUUACUCAAACACCAAAGAGUCUGUCUUCACAGGAAAGCCAGAGUACAUGUUCUAGGAAUGAACUUACUGCUACAAUUGUUGAUGGCAGCUUGACUAUGAGGACUUAUUCAAAGAGGAAGCUUCACUUUCCAUUUAACAUCAACACUUAUGCUAAUCAAGUGGACUUGUCCCCCUUCAAGUACCCUCAAGUUGAACACUGAUGGCUGCUACAGAAUGGCUAGACCUGAAGGAUUCAGAGGCUUGAUCAGAGGUGAAACAGGAGAAUGGAUUUGUGGCUUCUAUGGCAAACUUGCGACUUGUACCAGCCUCAAGGCAGAGUUAUGGGCUGUAUACAAAGGCCUCACCAUCAUCAUCCAAUAAGGUUUCAACAAAGUGAUAAUUAAAACAGAUGCGGCUGAAGUAGUGAAGCUACUUCAAGAAGGUCCUGGCGACAAACACCUCGUCUGAGGCCUAGUGGAAGACGCAAGGAUAAUCUUCAAUGGUUGUCAAUGCACUAUACAACACAUUUACAGAGAAGGAAAUCUACGUGGAGAUAAAAUGGCUAAACUUGGAGUUGGCCAACCUGAGGACAUCCUUGUUGUAAAUGACCCACCUACUGAAAUUAGAGAGCUCUUGGUCUCUGAUAUGGUUAGGUUAGCUAGGGAAAGGGCUUAGUCCCUGUUUGUAUGUUUUUCAUUCUGAUGUUGUUGGUUGUAUAAUUUGUAAAUGCCAAUCACAAUUUAACACGUGGCACGAAGAGGGAAAUUUGGGGAAUUAAUACAAGUUAUCAACCAAAAUCAGACAUGUGGCAGUGCGUAUUGUAAUAAUGGAUCUGCGUAGUACUGGAAUAAUCGAGAGAUACAAGAUGAUGUGGACUAACGGUUAUUCAUGAAGUUUAAAUUCAAAAUCAGGAGAGAAGCCUAACUGCAAGAGUGGCGUAAUGGGAUUAACUAUGAAAGAGCAUGUUCAGCAAUCAUGG